AUGGCAGAAGUAGCGAAAGCUGAGAUUGUAUCCCAAACCACCAUAAAGCCUUCGUCCCCAACCGCAUCUCACCUUCAACACUCCAAAGUCUCUCUCCUCGAUCAAUUAGCUCCUCCCUUUUACGUUCCCAUUGUCCUCUUCUAUUCUCCUAUUGAUCAUGAUUUCACCAAAAUAUCUGAUAGGUUGAUGGCUUCUUUAUCACAAGUUCUCACUCUUUACUACCCAUUUUGUGGAAGACUCAAAGGGAAUAAAAGCGAUGCCUACGUGGAUUGCAAAGAUGAAGGUGUUCUGUAUCUUGAGGCUAGAACUUCACUUAGGCUCUCAGACUUUCUCCAGAGUAAUAAUCAUAAUCCACAGCCCAACGAGAUUAAAGCGUUUCUUCCAUUAGAUCCUUACAACCCAAAGCCAAAGAAUAACGAGGAAUAUCCUUUUAUAAUGGAAGUUCGGGUUACUGAGUUUAGCUGCGGAAGUGUAGGGAUCGGCGUGUGUAUUUCACACAAGGUUUGUGAUGGGGCAACUAUAGCGUCAUUCCUUCAAGCUUGGUCUGAAAAUGCAGUGGCGGAUGGAAAUGACGUUUCUGAUUCUCCCCCUAAUAUGGAUGCUUUUUUGCUUUUCCCAGCAAGAGACAUAGAGAUGAACACGGCGAGUGGGAUGAUUGGUGAGAAGAAUCUUUCCACUGGGAGAUUUUUGUUUACGGAAAAAAGGUUGUGUGAACUAAGAGAUAAAUUAGUUUCUGGUGGCUGUCACUUUAAACCCACAAGAGUCGAAGCUGCGACUGCUCUCAUAUGGAAAUCUGCCAUGAAAGUUGCAGGAGGAGUUCGUCAAUCAAUGGUGUCACAUGCGGUCAAUAUUCAUAGCCGCAUGGUACCCCCUUUGCCAGAAAACUCCAUAGGUAAUCUAUGGCAACAAGUUGUUUCUCCAUUGGUGGGAAGGGAGGCGGAACUGCAAGAUUUGGCAGAGGUGGUGAGGAAAACCGUGAAGAGAAUGGAUGAAGAAUGUAUGCGGAAGCUUGAAGGAGGAGGCCGCAGUGAAGGGCUAGUUGAGGUUGUUAAAUCAUUGAAAGAAGUGAUGUUUUUGGUGGGGACAAAAGGUGUUCCUUGUUAUAGCUUUAGCAGCUGGACCAGGUUUGGCUUGUACGAAGCAAAAUUUCAGCAUUGCUCAGAGCUUAUUCAAUUUGCUUCUUUCGAUCUCUAG